GGAGAGUUACAAUUACAGAGAGAGAGAGAGAGAGAGAGAGAGAGAGAGAUGAACCUGCUCACGGGACAAAAGAUCGAGAGGGAAGACCUCAAACCUGGUGAUCACAUCUAUGCAUGGAGGACGUUAUACAUCUACGCCCAUCAUGGUAUAUAUAUUGGCGAUGACGAGGUCAUUCAUUUCACUGAACCAAAUGGCAAAAAGAGCGUGUCUGGAUUUGUUGUUGAGUCAAUAUCCCCCUCUAUGCCAUGUCCCAAAUGUGGAGGUCCGAAAAAAAAGACAUACAAUGGAGUCACAGUCUCAUGCUUAGAUUGUUUCCUGGAUGGAUGCGAACUCAACCGCUAUGAAUACUCUGUUUCAUGGCAGCUGUUUUGGGAGAGCCGAAGAGGUACAUGUAGUGUUGCUGAAUCAGACCCGCCAGAGAUAGUCAUUAAGCGCGCCACUUCAUGCAUCGAGGAGGGCUUUGGAGAGUACAAUUUGGCCCGUAACAAUUGUGAGGACUUUGCUUUCUAUUGUAAGACGGGCAAUGCAAAGAGAGGGAAGCUGGGCCAGGCUGACUGUAAGAUCCUUUGAUUUUACACGCACCAGAUUUGCAUAUAAUACAAAAUGACCAAGAUUCUAAUUCAAGUAAUGUAAGCAAUAAUCGGAUUUCUAAAUC